AUGUACCUAAAAUUCAAUUUAAAAGAGAUUGAAAACAAAUAGCAAUUGUCCCCAUUAAUCAAUUCUAAUGGCACCAUUAAAAAGGUUAUGAAAUUGGAAAAAGAAUGGUAGAAUUAAAAAAUAGAAAAAAAUUAAAAUAUGAAGCAGAAAAAUCUUAGGUAAUUACAGACUCAAAUUUAAAAGAGCUACUCAAGCAUGAAGAUAGAGAGAUGUCACUAUUGCUUAAAUAUGAAUAGACAAGCUAUCUCAUUAAUCAAAUAGAUGAUGAUGAAGUUAAAAUUAAAUUUCAUAAAAUUGAAGAAUUUGCUGAAUUAUUAGAAGAGUUUGAUGAUAUUAUUUGUUUUCGAAAAUCCAAAUGAUUUUGAGCUUGAUGAGAUUCUGCAUCAUGUUUGA